AACUCAGUAUGAGUCAUUUUCUCUGUCAGUUGGGUCAAUAGAUCUUCAUUCUCUGGGGCAAAUUGUAUUUUGUGCUGCAAUUACAAAGCUUGAAAGUCUCAACCUAAAUAAAUAAAUUGUUACUUUUAUAAAGCGAGAGAGAGGUACAGGGAGAGAGAGAGAGAGAAUCUUUGGUUCUUAUUCAUCAAGAAGUGCAAUUGAAUUCCUGUGAUGCAUAUUGAAGUUGUGGAGAACAAUGGCCAGUCUAGUCCCUGGUGUUCUAUUGAUGCUUCUUCAACAUAUGAACACAGAUGUUAAAGUGGGUGGAGAGCACAGGUCUUCUCUUUUACAGGUGGUGGGGAUUGUUCCUGCUUUAGCUGGUGGUGAGUUGUUUUCUAAUAAAGGCUUUUACUUGAAGGUUUCUGAUUCUUCUCAUGCUACUUAUGUAUCUCUUCCUGAUGAACAUGUUGAUCUCAUUUUAAGUGAUAAGAUACAAUUGGGUCAGUUUAUACAUGUAGAUAGGUUGGAAGCGGCUUCUCCGGUGCCGAUUCUUUAUGGGGUUAGGCCGCUUCCGGGGCGUCAUCCCUGCGUUGGGACCCCGGAAGAUUUAGUGGCAACUCAUUCUUUGGGGUUUCUUAGUAAUGAUGCUAAUUUGUUGUCGGGUUCAAAAAAUUUGGAGAAGUCUAAGCCUGAAUCGAAAGUAUUGGGGGGUACUAGUGGUUGUGGUAGUGUUGGGAUGCGGAGGGAUAAGAAGUUUGCGUCUUUGAAAUUAGGUGGUGGUUUGAAGGAUGAUCUGGGGAAUGGGGAAUCCCCUUCUUUAAUCAGGUCGAAAUCUCAAUUGUUGAAGGUGGGUGUGGGUUCGGUUGAGAAGAAGGAACCGGCGUUGAAGAAGUCUCUGAGUUCGCGGUCAAUCCCUUCGUCGCCAAUGAGUUGUUAUUCUUUACCAAAUUCUUUUGAGAAAUUUUCUAAUGGGAUCAAGCAGCAGGGGAAAAUUGGUGGGUUUGGGAAGACAACUAAACUGGCGUCGGGGGAGAAGGCAAGCUCGGUUCGUGGGACAAGUCCGGCUAAAACGAAGACAGUCGCAGGAAGCUCAGUAAGUAAUUUUAUUCAGGGAAUUGGGUCGGGGCCAAAGGCGUUGAGAAAGAGUUGGGAAGGAAAUAUGGAUGUGAAGGCCAGAGAUAGUCCAAGAUUGAGGACCACCAAAAGUAAUUUGAAGCCUGAAUCACCAAGUUUUUUGGUUCCAAGAAAAUCGACAAGCGAAAGGCUGCCCCCUAAAGAAGAGACCAAGGUCAAGGUAUCCUCAAAGUCUGUCAAGGAAGAAAAUAAGGCCGGGCUGGCUGCAAACAGGGCUACAACAAAUGGAGCAUUGGUCGAUCCUAAUAGGUCACAUAAGCAGAUGCUGUCUGUUGGAAAGAAAACGCCAGGAAAUGUUGCUAAUCAUGGCUUACCCGGAAACUUUAACAAAGUUUCUUUGAGUAAAAAAAGAUUAACUGAAGGAAGUGCUUCAUGGGCUUCACUCCCAUCUUCCCUUGCAAAAUUAGGAAAGGAUGUCCUGAAGCACAGAGAUGCAGCGCAAAUGGCUGCCAUAGUAGCACUGGAAGAGGCUUCAGCUGCAGAGAGUUUAUUGGGUUGCUUAAGCACGUAUUCUGAUCUAAGUUCCUCUGCAAGAGAAGAUAAUCCCCAGACUGCCGUGGAACAAUUUUUGACGUUUCAUUCUAGUUUGAAAAGUUGUCAUCAAAUUGUUUCUUCCCUUUAUAAAGCCACCACAACUGGUUCAUCAUCAGACGGGGAAAAAGUUCCUUCAGAUGAAGCACUAAAAGUCACAUCUGAAAGACGUAAGCAAGCAGCUUCUUGGGUUGAUGCUGCUUUGAUGACAAGUUUAUCGUCCUUCUCAUUAUAUACCAAACAAAGCCUAUCAAGCACUGCGCCGAUUUCAACCUCAUCUCCAAACCAGAAAACUGUUCUGGCAAAUGAACCCAUAUUAGUCCUUGAGAACUCUUCUAAGAGCACCUCUACUAAAACCCAAGCCAAACCCCGGCAAACAGUGAGCUCAAAAAUCACUGGUCAGAAGCCUAAGGUUCCUCCUCCACUUCCGCCUCAAGUAGAAUGGGUCAGAGGAGAUGGUCUUUAUGAGGGUGUUGAUCUUGCUGAAAUGUUACAAAUGGAAUCACAAGAUUGGUUUCUUGAGUUUCUUGAGAGGUUCUUAGACGCAAAAGUGGAUGUUUCAACUUUAUCUGAUAAUGGUCAAAUAGCUAACAUGUUGACUCAGCUUAAAAGUGUGAAUGAUUGGUUAGAUGGUAUUGCAACAACCAAGGAUGAAGAAGAGAACACUCAUAUAUCUCCAGACACAAUUGAAAGAAUACGAAAGAAAAUUUACGAGUAUCUUCUUACGCAUGUGGAAUCUGCUGCUGCUGCACUUGGUAGCGGCUCUCAGUCGUCACCACCAACAGAAACUAAUAUCCGAAGAUAACCGAAAGAUACAAAAGACGAAGAGCUCAGUAUUGUUAUAUUGUACAUGCAAGUUUUACAGGAGGGUGUCCAGGAAUAGAGGUAAUAGUCAUUAUUGAAUGUAAAGAAGGGAUUUGAUGGGAAUUUACAAAGUUGCUAUGUUUUUUUUUCCUUCAUAAAAUUUAAUGUAGUUGUGUACAAAGUUGAACUGCUUGGGUCUGACAGUAAAAGGGAAGAAAGUUGAACUGCUUGGGGACUUUCUGGAUUAUAUGAAUUUGCCAUUUCACAUUCCAUAGUA